CAAUAUCAUUUAUGGCAAUGCCUCUUGGAAUCUUUUAGCUCUAAAGAUGACCCAAACGCAUACAAAAUAUUGUAUGCACACAAAAAGUGGUUCCAAACUCAGCUUUGCCAGAAACAACCCGUUGAAUCUAAUCGAAUUUAAAAUUCAUUUGUCCUUUUCAAUCAAAUUUCCGAAGUGAUUCUAUGCGAAUAUCUCGUUAAAUAGAACAAAUCCUAUGAUAGGAUUCCUAUGAAGCCAUUGUUUUAUACUUUUAACGAUAAAGAUAAGCUGAACAGGAGCAACAAAGUUUCAAUUUUGCAUUCAUUUAAAAAAAUCUUUCUCCGUUGUAAUCAAUUCUGAAAGCACUGAUUAGCCUAAAUUAUAUUAAAUUGAAUCGAAUUUUAUUAAAGACCAAAUACUACGAAAAAUUGUCUCAUUUGAAUCGAUUAUGGUAUUCAACAUUAUGUUUGUUUAGGUUAUAAUCGCUUUUGAGUUGAGUGAAAAUUUCGAUCUGUCAAAAUGAAUUAUGUUCGCCCGCCCAAUAUUCACUCACACAACAAUCAAAUACACAGCACUCACAAAAUUUUUCAAUGUUUACAUAAAUAUUGACAUUCAAGAACACUUAUACAAUUGUGACUGAAAACGAUAUCAUCGGCACAUUUAUUCAGAUCACAUCAACCGUCGCAGUCACAGCAUCAACUAUAACCACAUUGUCACCGAAAACGUUAACAUUUCGUGAGUCUCUCAUUUAUUGCGAGUAUUUGAAUCGAAUCGUCGAUAGAAAAUUGUCAACCUCGUUGGAUAAGAACCAACUGCGCAAAAGAAAACAUACAUUUUGAAGUGUUUUUAUCUAAAGAUGCCGUCUGCCCCACCAAGCCAUUUUUCACUCCCAUCUCUACAAGACGUGGAAAGCAUGGAAUCGCCCGUGUAUCGCAUAGGAGCUAUCCUGGAAAGAUUUCGGCGCAGGGUGGAAUCGUUGCUGGCUAUGGUGGAAAAGUUUCGUUCUCAGAUAGAACAGCGUCAGAUUAAGUUUCGAUCGGCCAAUGCCAAAGAUUGUAACAUAAGGGCUGAAGCAGCACUCCAAAAAUUGGAUGAGCUGACGCAACCAAUGUCAUCGGUGUGGCAGAAUCUACUCGAGGUAUUUAAACGCUUGAAAGCAAAUGUCAGAAGGUGUGAAGUAGAUGAACUCUUCAGACGCCAGGAUGAGUUCGAAUUGCUGAUAUUGGGCGUGAGUGAAGCCACCGACCGCUUCAUGGAUUGGUUUAGAGAUGAAGGAGCUACCAUUGAUGUUUGUGAAGAAGUUGAAGUAUCGAACGAUCGCCCAGAACCACAUCCAAAUGAAUAACACACAUCCAGGCACAUUUAAUUCGCCUCUCUCUCCUUCUCUAUGGGUCAAGGAUCUUUUUUAAGUUUACCGUCAGAAUAUCUCCAUUAAUUAAAUUGUUAGUUGAUUUGAUUCCGUGAAACAUUGACGAUCUGCAUCAGCUGCAGUAGAAACACUCAAAUGUUGUUCUCCGCAUUUUAAAUGGUCAAAAAUCAAGGAACAUUGUAAAGCUUAUCAUCCUAAAAUUAUGUACUUUAGUGUUGUCGAAUUGGAUAUUCAUUAUUCAUACCGAUUUGGAUUAGAUUCCCACAAUAAAACGACACAUUUUAACCAAAAAUCAUGUUUUAAAACCGACGGAAUAAAUCCAACCGAAUUAUAAGAGAAUUCAAAAUGUUUUGAUUUGUUUUGUUUAAUCAAGACAGUAUUUUGUCAUUUCCAAUGGCAAAUAUAAACUUAAAACGGGCAACACCGUAUAAAUUGUGCAUCAAAUUUUUGAAUCAGUUCCAAUUGUAGUAACUGAUGUCAAAUUUGUAAGUGAAGCCAUCUAAAUCAAAGCCGUAAUUGAAUCAAACUUUAUUAAAAACCAAACUCAACUAAAAAA